AUAAAGUGGUAUUAUAUUCAUCACUUGCUAUCUGUAAUCUUCAAGUUGUUGAAGAAACACCAUAUUUGAGAAGCAAAACUAGAAUGGCAUACAGCAGCUACGUUUCAGGGCUCUGGUUAACGCUUUUACUAACAUCAUUCUCUACAGCCAAAGCCAAAAUUCCUGCAGUAAUUGUUUUUGGAGACUCGAGCGUGGACUCAGGAAACAACAAUGAUAUCCAAACAGUUCUCAAGAGCAAUUUUAGACCAUAUGGUCGUGAUUUUGAAGGUGGACGCCCCACUGGCCGCUUCUGCAAUGGCCGGAUUCCUCCUGAUUUCGUCUCUGAAGCUUUUGGACUCAAGCCUGCAAUACCAGCCUACUUAGAUCCAGCCUAUAAUAUACAGGAUUUCGCCACUGGAGUUUGUUUUGCCUCUGCUGGAACUGGCUAUGAUAAUAUAACCGCCAUGGUUCUAAAUGUGAUGCCCCUGUGGAAGGAAGUCGAGAUGUUCAAGGAUUACCAAAAGAAAUUGAGGGCCCAUGUUGGGGUUAAGAAAGCAAAAACAAUUGUGAGGGAGGCAUUGUAUCUGUUGAGCUUAGGAACAAAUGAUUUCCUGGAAAAUUACUACAUAUUCCCUGCCAGAAGAGUCCGCUAUACGGAUAACCAGUACCAGGAUUUUCUGGUUGGACUUGCAGAAACUUUCAUCAGGGAAAUAUAUGCUCUUGGAGCUCGGAAAAUGUCCCUCACUGGACCUCCUCCAAUGGGGUGUUUGCCAUUAGAAAGGGCCACAAAUAUACUGGGUCAAAAUGAUUGUGUGGAAAUGUACAACAACGUGGCCCUGCAAUUUAACGGCAAGUUGAAGAGCAUGGCCACAAAGUUGAACAAGGAGCUUCCUGGACUCAAACUUCUCAAUGCGGAUGCAUACAGCAUUUUCCAAGAUAUCAUUACAAAGCCCUCUUCAUUCGGAUUUGAAGUGGCAAAUAGAGCAUGUUGCUCAACAGGAACAUUUGAAAUGAGUUAUCUCUGCCGUCAAGAAAACCCAUUUACAUGCUCAGAUGCUAGCAAAUAUGUGUUCUGGGAUGCCUUCCACCCAACCGAAAAAACUAACAAAAUCAUCUCGGAUCAUCUAAUUCCUCAGCUUUUAUCAACUUUUGCAUGAUUGUUAAAUUAGGUUUUCGAUAUUUAUGGUCUCUACUUUUUACACUAGAUUUAUAAUGGCGUUUCCUUUCUAUGCACUUACUUCUUGAUGUAUAAAUUAAAGGCCGCACUAUUAAGUUGACCACUAUGCUUGUUAAGUUCUGGAAAUAAAAGACUACAAUCUUCCGGAGGUUGUUAUUGUAAAACUAAGGACCAUAAAUAAAUAAAUAUAUUUGUAUUUAUUCUCAGAAAA